GGAUUAUCAUGAGUCGAAGCGAGCAUUCGUUACAGGCGCUGUCCUGGAGAAAGCUUUAUUUGAGCAGAGCCAAACUCAAAGCCUCCAGUCGCACGUCGGCUCUUUUAUCAGGUUUCGCAAUGGUGGCCAUGGUAGAAGUACAGCUCGAUACCAAUCACGACUAUCCUCCAGGACUGCUUAUUGCUUUUAGCGCCUGCACCACUGUGUUGGUGGCCGUCCACUUGUUCGCCCUCAUGGUGAGCACCUGCAUCCUACCAAACAUCGAAGCGGUCAGCAACGUGCACAACCUCAACUCGGUGAAGGAAUCGCCUCACGAGCGAAUGCAUCGCCACAUUGAGCUGGCCUGGGCCUUUUCCACCGUCAUUGGAACGCUGCUUUUCCUUGCUGAAGUGGUCUUGCUGUGCUGGGUGAAAUUUUUACCCAUAAAACCUAAAGACCAGAAAAAUGGCACGGUCUCUGCCGGAGUGGCUGCUGCGAUCACGUCUACCUCUAUCAUGGUGCCUUUCGGCUUGAUUUUUAUCCUCUUCGCUGUGCAUUUCUAUCGCUCGCUGGUCAGCCACAAGACUGACAGGCAGUUUCGAGAGCUGGAGGAAUUGGAGGACUUGCAAAAUGAACUGGACCAUAGAGGAGAGGCAUCUAGCUUACAGUCUCCCAGGUCUCUUUACCCUUAAUUUUGAGUUUGGGGAAGACUUGAUAUGUAAAGUUCUGCGUGUGUCAUUACUUGUGUUCUUAACCGUAGUUUUGUUCUAUUUGUUGCAUGUUGACACCAAUGUGUCCAGUUUUAUAUGUGUUCAGCAUUUGUGUACUGUUUCUGAAAAACAUUUAUUUGCGCUUACUGUGAAAGCAUGCACUGCAUGUUUAUUAGAUGUGUGUAGUACUUUCUAUUGUAUUCAUCCUUUUUACACCACUAAGUCUUUUAUUUUCAGUAUGGCAGCUUUGCCAACUUUGUUAACCAAGCAAGAGUCUUUAAGUGAAAUGACCCAACCUCAAAGGUGCCAUUGGUUAAAAUAGUGUUCAACCCUAACCAUUAUUUGACAAAAGAUGUUUUUUUAACAAAUAAAUGACAUGGUUUGCAUUACGCAGUGAGUAAUUAUGUAUGCAGGACACCCAAAGACUACAAAACUGAUGUGUGGGAGCUUUUUUCAUUUUGUGAAUGUACAGGGGACACUUUUAUGUCUAUUUCAAGCGGCUAAAUCAAAACCAAAAACUUGGUCUUAUUAAAGGAAUCCCCAUCAUUUCAUUUAUACAAUUUUCAUUUUUAAAAUGUGCUCCUGCCAUAUUAAUAGAAAUGAAGGCACUUUAUACAACAGCAUCAUGUUUGUAUGUCCGUUUUUGGUAGUAUUUCAAUGUCCUAUUAAAUGGCAAAAUUGAUCAUUUUAAAAUUUGAAAGCAAGUACUUACUGCUAUCAGUGUUGGCAGGAUUGUAUGAUUAUAGUGGCAAUCACUUUUUAACAAAGUGUUUGAUUAUCACUGGAGUGUUAACCAUGUAGUUACGUCUGCAGAUCUCGAUAAACGAUUAAAACGAUACAGUAUAAUUUCCAGAUAUCAAAAUAUAUAUAAAAGUUGCCCUUUAACGAUCCUGUUCAAUAUUGUCAUGUACAGUUCGAUGAAAUUAUAAAAUAUGACAUUGUAAGUCAUGUUGGAAGUUUGGAACUGUAUAAUUCUCACAUGCACUGUUAUCAUUGCAAACAUUGCUGGGAUUUGAUCACUGUCCAUUUGAUAUAUUUUUAAACAAAGUCUUAAAUAAA